CAGGCCUACGUAGAUUAUCCGAACACGUUUCCUGCUAAAGUAGAAAGGAUCAAAUGGUUUUUGAAAAGAAGUCUUCGGCCCGUGUAGCGGAGGCAGGACAGAGGCGUGUGUUGGACGAUGCAACACGCCAGCGGAGGUUAAAUCGCCAGCUGGAUGCUCUAGAGAAGGACAACUUCCAGGAUGACCCUCUCUCCUCCCUGCCUCCCUCUGGUCCUACCGCCCGCCUGCCCGCCUUUAGCGAAGGAGAGGAACCGGGUAAGAAGAAGAGGAAAACUAGAGGUGAUCACUUCAAACAGAGAUUUCGCAAAAACUUCCAGACUCUACUAGAAGAAGAGAAUGUGUCUGAGAGGGAGGCGCCUAACUACCUGUCAGCUGCAGCCCCUCCCUCCUCGCUCCCCCCUCGUCUGUUCUGCUCCGUCUGUGGAUUUCCUUCCUCCUACACCUGUUGCUCCUGUGGGGGGCGCUACUGUUCCACGCGCUGUCUUAUCACGCACAGAGAGACCAGGUGUCUGAAGAUGACUCUGUAGCAGCUGAUCUGACUAUACCUGGGCAUGCUCACAAAAUGUGGAUGGUAAAUUCGUCUACCUGUAGCUGUAUAGAAUGUUACAACACAGGAACGGCGCUACGGAUAAUGACCGUGUACCAGAGAUGCUAUGGAGAGAACACUACCAGAGAAGUAAUAGGGAACGCUACUAGAAAGUUACAAACAUGCACACAGUGGCUCAGCACUCUGCGGUGUGACGUCAGUGUUGUGGAGUAGGGUCUAAAGCAGUAGUGGUGCGUGGGUAAAAUCACUGGGGAAGCCAGAAAAAAAGUCAUAUUACAACCUAUGUGUUGUGAUAAUUGCAUUGUUUGCUCUAUAACUUGUUAAUUCAUAUUACUUCACGAAUAGGUCUAUCACUCUGUCAUACAGUACACACUUUUAUUUUUUUGUUGUCCUAGGUUACCUGGCUAAAAUGCUUGCUCGCUAGCUUAACUUCCAUUCAUGG